AUGUCUUCCAAGGUCAAAGAGGAGGAGGGCGCCACCCCGGGCGGCUCAGGCAACGCCAAAUUUGGCUAUCGAAGGGCCAAGCCGCGAGCUUCCAGGGCUUGUGAGGUAUGCCAUGCCCGAAAAGUCCGAUGUGACGUUACAGAACGAAUGCCGUGUACCAAUUGUCAAGCAUUUGGAUGCGAGUGCAAGAUACCCGAAGUGAAGCGGAAAAAGAACGACAAAAAGGCGGCGGCAGAAAAGGUGGCGGACAAGGGAACCAAGGACCGCAAACGACGCAAGACGGACGGCGGCGAGGAGUCCGACGAGGGCUCCGUGCCCCCCCAGGCGCCCUCCAACGCGUCUUCCUCCACAGCGUCGUCGCCCAACACGGCCCCCACUGCCCAGCAGCGGCUCAUGCACUUUCAGCAGGAGACCAAACAGCAACAGUACCAGCAACACGAGGGCGAGACGAAACCGGACGCCAACCCCAACCUCAGCGACUCGUCCAACACGUGGCUCAAAAUGCUCGACUCCAAGGUGGUUAAACAGAGUGGCCGGGUGGCGUUUCUGGGCUCCUCGUCCAACCUCAAUCUGUUGUUGGACGCUAACCCGGAUAAUGAAGCCUACCACUACCCCUUGCCAGCCGAAAUCACAGGUGGAAACCCCGUGUUCCAUGAACUGGAUCCCGAAGAGAUUGAGAUUCUCAAACUGAGAGGAGCCUUCCUGUUACCUCCCCGAGAACUGUGUGACGACAUUGUGGAGAGCUAUUUUGAAAAGAUCCACCCGGUCAUCCCAAUUGUCAACAGAACACAGUUCAUGCGCCGCUACAACGACCCCGUCAACACGCCGUCGCUGCUGUUGCUUCAGGCCGUUCUGCUGGCUGGUUCUCGAGUGUGCAGAAACCCGGCUCUACUGGACGCCAAUGGGUCGUCAGACCAGGCGUCGCUCACCUUCUACAAGCGAGCCAAGGCACUGUACGACUCCAACUACGAAAAUGAUCGUAUUUCAAUUGUGCAGUCGCUGGCCCUCAUGGGCUGGUGGUGGGAGGGUCCCGAAGACGUGACCAAAAACGUCUUCUACUGGUCGCGUGUGGGUCUGUGUGUGGCGCAAGGAUUCGGUCUGCAUCGAUCUGUGGAAAACUCGUCGCUGUCGGUGGCCGAAAAGCGAAUGUGGAAGCGGGUGUGGUGGGUCAUCUUUUUCCGAGACCGAGCCAUCGCCGUAUCUUUGGGGCGACCUGUUAUGAUCAACCUGGAAGACUCGGAUGUGCCAAUGCUCACCGAAGACGAUUUCAUUGAGGACGAGCCUGACUACCCGUCUCCCUACCCCGUCAACAGACUCCACUCGCUCUAUUUUAUUCACGCCGUCAAGCUGUCUGAAAUCAUGGGGCUUGUUCUGCGACAACAAUUCAGUGUGGGUGCCGAGCACUCGCACCGACUAAACCGAAUUCCCGUCGUCUCGCACUGCGACAUGGCCAUGGGCUCGUGGAUGAACAACCUGCCGCCGGAGCUCAAGUACUCCGUCAAGGAUAUGGGCUCUCACAACUUCUACAAGGCCCUGCUCCACUCACAAUACUACACGAUUCUGUGUCUUGUGCACCGAAGCAACAUUCUGCAACGGCGAACGUCAGAGGCUAACGAGAGCGCAUACCCUUCGUGGGGUAUCGCGUUCCAGGCCGCUCACAUGAUUGCCAAAAUCAUGGAGAACAUGUUAGCGUAUAACGAGCUGCGUGACACCCCGGCGUUCAUGGUGUACACGCUCUUUUCGGCCAUGAUCAUGCUUGUGUACCAGACCGAGUCCAAGUCGCCGUCGGUGGUUGAGUCUGCCAACCGGUCGCUGGACGUGUGUAUGAAGGCCCUGGAGGAAUGCGGCAAGACGUGGGUGGUGGCACGAAUGGUGCUCAAGCUUUUCAAGCACAUGAACGAGUCGCAGCCCAUUCGAAAUCACAUGGCCAAGACCAUCCGACGUCAUGCUAGAGGCGUCAGCAAACCCGACGCAGCAAAGCAGCAGCAAAUGCCUCAAGCUCAGCACCAGGCUUCACAACCACCACAUGGCGCCCAACAGCACCAUGCCCAACAGCAACGACAUGCCCAGCAACAACAACAACAGCAGCAGCAUGCUCGACAGCAACAGCAGCAGCAGCAGCAACAACAACAGCAACACACACAACAGCAACAACAGACGCAUCAGCCACAGCCAGAACGCAAGUUCAACAAUCAUGCGUUUGACCAGCAGCAGCAAUCGCAGCAGGAAGGAGAGGAGUACCUGGGCGAUAGACAGCCUCCUACAAAUCCCGGCACCCCUUUCAACGGCACGCUGCCAUCCAAGCCCGGCACCCCGCAUCCGGACUUUUACUUUGUCACUAACACCCCGCCGGCUUCGAACACCUUCUUUGAGUCGUUCCAGCCCAUGCAGCUUUUCCCCGACGUGACUGGCGAUAUGUCUAACCUGCAGUCGCAGCUCCAGGAGCCCGCCACCAGCGCGCUUCCUCCGGACAUGUUUGCCCACGCCGACGGAGCCAGCCACACCGAAGGCGGCACCUACAAGUCGUCGCCCGAGGACGAGCCCACCGCGGCCAGUGGAUUUGGAUACGCCCCUCAAUCGCUCAAUAUUGGCGACUGGUACCAAUAUCUGAUGAUGAACGGUGAAGGGGGUGCUGCUGCUGGCGCUGCUGCUGGCACUGCUGCAGGCGCCCCUGGUUCUGUUCCUCCAGGUGCUCCUGCUGAGGCUCAUCCUGAAGCUGCCACUUCCAACUCUUGGAAUGAGUCUCACUAA